AUGGCUGACUUCGAACGCGACUCGGAUACCUUAUCCAGUGAGGAAGCUACGCUCUUAGCCAGUGAAAAGGACGAGUUUGAGCUCAAAAGGCCGACCAAGAGUAGAUUUGGUCGUUCAAGACUGGCAAAAGCAAUUACUUAUGUAUUUCACUGCCUUUUAUUGCUCAUCAAUAUUUCUUGGGCUUUUGUGAAUUUCCACUAUCGCACCCGGAACUUGACAGGGCACGGAACUCCAUACGAACCAUGGGAAGCGCCAUUUGAAGAGAAAUACUCCCAAUACCAGCUCCCUUUAGGAGAAAAGUCUGUCUACACGACAUUCGAUCGUUCUGUAGCCGAUCCAGAAUGGGCCAAGAUCAGCAUGAAAGACGGGUUGGGUUGGAUCAAAGUGUCCCAAGAAAAGGUCGAGGCCAUGGGCCAGUCUUCGGUUCAAUUCCAUGACCAAUCAGGUUACUUCUUUGGCAUGGACGUAUUUCAUCAACUACACUGCCUCAACUACCUGCGCAAGAAAACAGUCCUCUAUAAUCAUCUUUAUCCUUCCGAGACUGAAGUCGAAGAUCAACAAGUCCCGCCAGAGUUCCACAUCCGUGAGUCUUGA